CUGUGUAAUUGCGGCUUUAUAAAGGGUAUAAGAUCAAGUAUGAAAUGCUUCAGGAUCAAAUUUAUCAUAUUUGUUUGGUGUGUGAAACAGGUAGAGAAUGGUUUUUUCUUUGGCUCUAGUAAGCUGGAUUGGAAGUCUGCACGUGACGAUUGUGAGGGGAGGGGAAUGCGAUUGGUCUGCCUAAAGAACCUUACAAUGUAUAGAGCUGCCAAGUCCUACUUACAAACGCUGACCAGUUUAUCUGAUGACGUGUGGAUAGGACUCCGCACAUACUCCACCUCUCCACCUUAUAUCUACCAACAUGUUGACAACGAACCUGCUGAUUUCUUUAAAUGGAACACCAAUAUUAACGAGCCCGAUGACCAGGACUCAGCUUUGUGCAUCAGACUGUAUAAAAGUUCACUGACCUACGGGACGAAGGGAUGCUCUCAUAAUUACCACUACUUAUGUGAAGAUGUACCAGUCAGCGGUCUUUGGUCGGAAUGGACCACGUGGUCUGCUUGCAGUGUCACCUCUGGUGACGGAUCUCAGUCUCGAUUUCGAUCCUGUGAUUCUCCACCCCCGUCCAACGGCGGCACUGAUUGUAUGGGAGUAAAUACCGAGGACAAGUUUUGUAGUAUAGUCGUUCCAGUUAAUGGAGUUUGGUCUGUGUGGAGUGAAUGGUCGAACUGCAUACCUGUCCAGUGUGGGGUUGGAAAUCGAACGCGCUCUAGGUCAUGUGACUCCCCUCCGCCGUCAAGUGGCGGUAAACACUGUGAGGGGUAUCCCGGAGAGAGCGAGGAAUGUAAUACCAUAACCUGUUUAUCAAAUGAAUAUUUAACCUGUGAUUAUUUCGAAGAAGUAAGUACCGUUUCUUUGGAGGAAAAAAUUGAAAAUAUAACGAAUAGACUGGCUGUGAAUAAGAGCAUCCUUUCAUCGGAAGUACGCAAGAAGACCUGCGCAGAAGACCCGCGAACGUCAUCUAAAUACAUGGGAUUAGUGGCCAUUGUGUUUCUUGGAAUAUCAUUUGGACUACUUCUGGUUUUGGACUUUUCUUCAUUUCUGAGAUAGGCUUAUGAAAAAUUCAAUGCGAAAUAAUAAUGUUAUUAAAACUAUUCUUUGCAGUUACAAAACAGUCAAACUUUUGACAUUGUUAUUACUUAAGAAAUAGGGUAUCAUUUUUGCAUGUAUAUCAGGAUAAAAAUACGGGUUGGUCACGUAUAAAAAUCUCAUUUAGCUGGAAGGGCUAUUCAGAAUUUAUGGAAGACUUGAUUACUUACCAACCCGUAUUCAUGCCCUAAUAUUCAUCCAAAUAUGAUACAUUUUUUUAUUCUUACAUUUGUUGCAAAUUAAUGCGAUAAUAUCGCCCAUACUUAAUGUUUUUGUUUUGACCUAGCACAAAUUGUUCAAUAUUAAUGAA